UUGGUUUUAAAAAGUUUCACUUUCUUGAGACUGAAUAUGUGUGGCAACAGUGGUUAUUAAUUUGUUAGGUUAUUUUUCAUAACACAACAAAAAACUAGAGUUAUUUUGAACAAAUGUAUUAAACAGACAUACAAAAUUCAAGUAGUUGCACUCAACAAAACCAUGCAUAAACUAAAAUCAUCACAAAGGGAUAAAGUUAAAAAGUUCAUAGCAUUCACCCAGACUGGUGAAAACACAGCCAUAUUCUGUCUGUCACAGAACGAUUGGAAGCUUGAUUUAGCCAGCGAUAACUAUUUUCAGAAUCCAGAUUUUUAUUAUAAGGAGCCCAGGAGUGUGGACAAGAAGAAACUGGAGACUCUCUAUUUACAAUAUAAAGAUCCCAAUGAAAAUGAUAAAAUAACACCAGAUGGAAUCAUCAAGUUUUUAGAUGAUCUCUCACUAUCACCGGAAUCUAAAUUGGUGUUGAUCAUUGCCUGGAAAUUCAAAGCUGCCACUCAAUGUGAGUUUACAAGAGAAGAAUUUAUAAAUGGCAUGACAGAUUUGGGAUGUGACAAUAUUGAUAAACUUAAAGCUCGCUUGCCCAACUUAGAGAAUGAACUUAAAGAUCAGUUUAAAUUUAAAGACUUCUAUCACUUUACUUUCAACUAUGCCAAAAAUCCAGGUCAGAAAGGUCUUGAUUUGGAUAUGGCGAUAGCCUAUUGGAAUAUAGUACUAAAGGGUAAAUUUAAAUUCCUAGACCUAUGGUGCACAUUCUUACAGGAGAACCAUAAAAGGUCUAUUCCUAAAGAUACAUGGAAUCUGUUGCUUGAUUUUGCUGGCCAAAUUGCUGAUGAUAUGAGUAAUUAUGAUGAGGAAGGAGCAUGGCCAGUUCUUAUAGAUGAUUUUGUUGAGUGGGCUAGUAGACGAGCAAAAGAAAACCAGCCUCACAGCACCAGUGAUUAGCAGUGUAAAUUUAUUGUUUUCUAUGAAUGACAUCAGAAUAAAGAGUACUUUUUUUUAUUAGUUUCUAGGAUACUUUGAUAGUGUGUAUUUAAGAUUUCCCAAGUAGCUCUGUACAUAUGAUAUAGCUUUUUCAACAUUAUUAUUAUUACAAAUAAUUUGUAACCCUUGAAUUUUGGUGUCAUUCAAGGUGAUUUUAGCUAAUGUAAAUAUUUAUCUUUUUUA